AUGCAUCAGGAGCCAGCCAGCCUCCAUGCCAGGGCUGCAAACAUUUUACGGCUACCCUUCGAGUUUGCAGCAUGUCUAGCUGCUGAGAUCCUCGCCUUUCUGGCUCAUCGCCUUGAGGCAAGCGACAUGGAAAAGAAAAGUGGUGCACGAGAGGCUUUGUUGCACUUGAGUGCAUCUGCGCCCCUUCUGGCGCUUGGUCUAGCGCUGAGACCGUUCUUGCCGGCUUUUCAGCAGUCCAUCGCGGAGCAGGCGAAAUCAGGGCGGGAAAGCUUUUGGGCUUCCUACGAUUCGCAGGCCCGAGAUGCGGCUCAGCUCAUGCAGAAGGCUGGCUUGGCAUGGCGGUGGCUGCGACGCCGAGUGCAGUUGCUGAAAGCCACUGAUUGGCGAAGCUGCCGGCAGAUGCUGGUCGACAGCUUUCAUCAACUUGCUGCUGGGCUGUCUUCAUUGAGACCUGGUGCGAACCAGGCUCUGAAGAGCACCCUGGACGAUGUCACGCGCGAAUGUGACGAUGCGAAAGCCUUGUUUCAGGCAUUCCGAGCUCCCGAAACGCCAAGUCAUGGGACACGCAUCUGGAGCACUUCCCCAACCCAAUGCAAGUCGACUGUUUCCAGUUCCAAGCCCCUCCAUGCACCGCACUUUCGCAGACUCCAGGUUUGUAGGAACAGCAGUAUGGUGAUGUCACGUGCUCGCCUGUCUCAUCCAAGGGAGACGCUGUCCGUUCCUCGCACUUGUGCAAUAGAAAUCCAGGGCGCUACAAGGAAGUCUUUUGGUUAG